AUGAGAAGUGUGAGUGAUGGUGAUGGGGGCAAAGCGUGGCAGAGAAAGGCGGUGGGAGCGUUGAGGCUUAUUUACAACUUGAAAUUGAUAUUUUUAGUUGCAGAUAGGUUUUUGGUGGUGUUAGUACUCGUGAUUUGCUUGAUAUUUGGAUUAAAAACUCUUCACCAUCAUCCACAAGGCAAUGAUGAUCCAAAAGGCAAUGAUGAUCCAAAAGGCAACGAUGGUCCUAAUGUAGAGUAUAAGAACAUCGAUGUGGUUCAUUAUGGGGCAGCUGGGGAUGGAAAAACAGAUGAUUCACGAGCAUUUUUGAAGGCUUGGAUGGCUGCUUGUAAGGCUGCAACGCCCUCAGCUAUGUUGGUGCCAUCUUCCAAGACAUUCUUGUUGAAUCCAGUGAAGUUUGAAGGCCCAUGCAUGUCCUCCAAUGUCGGGGUUAAAAUCCUUGGAAAGGUUGUGGCUCCAAGUGAUGUUGAUGAUUGGAAAGAGUUUAAGGUGAAGAAUUGGUUGUGGUUUGCCAAUGUGAGCGGACUUGACAUACAAGGGAGUGGCCAAAUUGAUGGGCAAGGAGCUGGUUGGUGGCAUCGAAAAUCAAAUCGACCCACGGCGUUGGCUGUUUACGAUUGUGACCAUCUUCGUCUUUCUGGAUUAACGCAUAUUAAUAGUCCUAAAAGUCAUAUGCAUAUUGUUCGUUGCAAUCAUGCUUCUAUCUCUCAAUUAAACAUACUAGCACCUGAAGAUAGUCCCAAUACUGAUGGUAUUGAUGUUGCCUAUUCAACCGAUGUUAAGAUUCAGAAUUGUAGUAUUGCAACAGGUGAUGAUUGUAUUGCUAUUAGUGAAGGCUCUUCCAAUAUCCACCUAGCAAACAUCGAGUGUGGACCUGGUCAUGGCAUAAGUAUUGGUAGCUUGGGAGAAGACGGGGAGACAUCCGCUGGAGAAGAAGUGAGAGUUCAAGAUUGUCUGAAAGGAACUAUGUAUGAAGCAAGGAUAAAAACAUGGUAG